UGAUUUGCCCCCAAAGUAGAGGCCGAUCAGAAGAAAUCGAGAGCACCACACCCAGACCCAAAAUUUCCCCAUCCGAAACCCUCGCCGCCUCCACCCACUAUGCCGCCACCGCCGCCGCCGCUGCCGGACGAGCUCCUCGAGGAGGUCUUCUUCCGCCUCCCGCCGGACGAGCCCGAGCACCUCCUGCGCGCCUCCCUCGUCAGCAAGGUCUGGCUCGCCCUCCUCUCCGACCCUGGCUUCCGUGCUCGCUACCGUGACUUCCAUGGAGCUCCCCCCAUGCUGGGCUUCCUUUGUUCCUGGCGCCACAACUCCGUCCGUGAGGUGGGAGAUAACAUCCCGCACUUCUUCCCCACCACCAAAUUCCCUGCGCGCAUUCCCGACGACGACUGGGGGAACUUCCGGUACGCUGCGUGGGACUGCCGCCAUGGCCGCGUUCUCCUCGGCGAUGGCUCUUGCGACCCCCAUUCGCUCGUCGUUUGGGACCCCAUGACUGGCUGCCGGAGGGAGCUGGAUCAGCCCGGACAGGUCGGCAGCACCUAUGGGGCGGCGGUGCUCUGCGCGGUGGCCGGCUGUGACCACCGUGCGUGCCACGCAGGCCCCUUCCAGGUUGCCUACAUUGGUAUUGAUACGAUUGAAGAAGAUGGCGAAUGCUUUGCGACCGCAUGCUUGUCCUUGCCGAUGUCAGCUGAUCGGAGCAAGCCGUGCUCUGAAUCUCGUCUUGAUAAGUGGGGUGAUCCGUGCUCUCUUCUUCGUGUUGGUGGCUACACUCCAUCCUGGGACGAAAGGGCCCCUGUCUUCGUGGAAGACGCACUUUACAUCAAGCUCAUGUAUGACCCAGGUGAUCCCAUUGCAGUUCUCAAGUACAACCUGAGAUCUAAUUGCUUAUCACUGAUUGAUGUGCCGUUCGCUGGGUCUAUCCGUCUCAACGCCGCUAUCCUCAUGGCCAUGGAGGAUGGCACUCUGGGGUUUGCACAUGUGGACAAGGUAACCCUCCACUUGUGGUCAAGACAGGGAGAUUCUGACGGAAUUGGGUCAUGGACUAGGCGUACAGUCAUCGAUCUUGAUAACCAUCUCCCCAUUCAAAUUCCCAAUAAAAGAUUUAGAUUGAUUGGAUCUCUGGGGGGCAGUGAUAUCGUUUUCGUGACCAUGGGCCUUGACAUCUACGAGAUUAACCUCAAGACGUUACGGUGGAAGAUGCUGCAGAAGAGAGAAAAGCUUCGUGGUUUGAUUCCAUACAUGAGUUUCUACAAUCCACAAGAAAAACUGAUCACUGGUGAUGUGGCGCACUGACAAUGUAUGGCUGAGUAUGCUUGGGGUAGGAGGCCAUUUUCAUCAAGAAGAAAUUGGAGGCUAGAAGGGUAAUCGCUAUUUAGUACUCCCUCCGUCCCAAAAUAACUGUCUCAACUUUAUACUAGAUCUAGUAUAAAUUUGUACUAAGCUUAAGACAGUUAUUUUGGGACGGAGGGAGUAGUUGGUUUUGUGCACCGGUGCUUCUUUUUCAUACUGUUGUUGGCUUUUGCCACUAAGCUUAUAAUUUCCCCGUCAGUAGCCAUGUGUAAGCGGAUGAAUGAGUUAUCUUGUAAUGAACCAUCAGUUUCUUGCUGCGUCAGCUAUGUGCUUUGUUUUUAGUAACCAUGUACUGUACAAUUUGCUGUCCCAACUCUGAUCCAUUCUUUAGAUUUAUCUCAAAAGAUGUUCCAUUGAUGAGAACAUGCCCAACAGAUAAUACGAAGAUGAUUUCUGCAUGUUGGCAUGCUGAUGUGCCCUAAUUAAUCUUGUAGAUUUAGUUAGUGUUGAUGAUCAGAGGUUGAUGACUGACCAUCCUCAGGGAGCUACCAUUAAAACUGACUUGAACAUUGCUGAUUUUAAGUUUGUUGCAGAUGCUCCUGGAAGAAUUCCUCUCUGCAAGCUGGUGUAGGCUAGCAAUCAGCAUUUGCAGAGAGCAGGGUGAUCAUAGGAUCAACAUCAUGAUCAUAUGGCAAGUUGUGCUGCUGUCAGGUCUCCUCUUCAGGCAGAAGCAAAAGCUCUUCUCAUUCCAACUGAGGUUGCAAAAUUAAUUCAGAUUCAGUAGGCAACAGAUAACUAUCCAACUGACGAAGAUGAUAGUGGUGGUUCAGAAAAAUAUAGACAGUAGCGAGUGAAUUGGUUUUCUUCUAAUGAACCUCUAUGUUCUUGCAGCAUGAGAGAUGUGCUCUGUUGUUUCUGUAGACAGUAGCUUAGUCUUACCCUUUUCUAAACUAUACUAUUUGCUCUCCCAGCUCUGAUGCAUUCUUUAAAUUCAUCUCAAAGGAUGUCCAUUGCUGAGCUGAGGAGAUGAUGAAAGUAUAUCCAGGGUUAGUUGUUCUGUCAUCCAAGAAUUGAUAUAAUGAUGGUUUCUGCAUGCU